CACGGGCUUUGUGUGUUUGAGAAAUAUUGAAGAAAUGGUCACGUCACUAAAAUAUAAACGACGUGGUUUGGGAGCUGCAUUUCUCAUUGUCAACAUCUUAUCUUCUCUCGUAUCUCCACACAGCAUGUCUGUACAAGCAGGCGCUCAUGAUCAACAACUAAAGAGGAAGAAAUCGGUUAUUGGGUCAAAGCCUCCCGCGUGUGGAAACAAGUGCCUGAAUUGCAAGCCUUGCCUUCCUUAUCUAUUUGACAUUCAUGGUGCUCAUGAUGAUGAUGAUGAUGAUCGUGAACCAUACUAUCCGGUAAGGUGGAUGUGUAGAUGUCGGGAAAAGAUAUUCGGACCUUAAGAAUAGUACAACUACCUAUAUUAUUUAUUUAGUGCUUGCGUUGAUUAUUAUCAUGGAUGUUCGUGAAUCAUGAUGAUCCAUGAAUAUGGUUCAUCGUUAACUGUCGAGAUUAAACAUAUCUUCUAAUACGUAAACAUACUCGAAUUUGCAUGUGUUUCUAGUAAUGAAAAAAAUUGUGUUGUGGA